AUGCAGCCCUGCUCACCAGCCCUGGCCUUGCUGCUCCUGGCUGCCUGCUCCCUGCCUGCCAGUGGCUCACCCGCCGAGCCCAGCUGCCUGCACUUCCCACAGCUCCUGCCUGCAAAGCUCAAGGAGCUGAGGAUCAAGUUUGAGGAAAUCAAGGAUUACUUUCAAUCAAAAGAUGAUGAACUUAGCAUCCAGCUGCUCAGCUCUGAACUGCUGGAUGAUUUUAAGGGGAGCUUCGGGUGCCAGUCAGUGUCAGAGAUGAUGCGGUUCUACAUGGAGGAGGUCCUGCCCAGCGCCAUGAGGACCAGCACACACCACCGGCAGAGCAUGGGCGACCUGGGCAACCUGCUGCUGAGCCUGAAGGCGACGAUGAGGCGCUGUCACAGAUUCUUCACGUGCGAGAAGAGGAGCAAAACCAUAAAGCACAUCAAGGAGACAUUCGAGAAGAUGAAUGAGAAUGGAGUCUACAAGGCCAUGGGAGAGUUUGACAUUUUCAUCAACUACAUUGAAGAGUACUUGAUGAUGAAGAGAAAGAAGUGAAAACACCCGCAGGGCUGCGUCUUGCACACCAAAUCCUGCUGGUCUGUCAGAAAUCAAUUUAGGCUGCAUGAGGACACAAGAGAUUAAGUUAUUUUUAGGGUUCAAGUAGAGAACUGCAGGUCAAUCACUUCCAGUUUAAUAUUUAAAAACUGAAUUUAAUAUUUAUUACUUCCAAUACCUCAGUGUUUGUGUUUACAAUGUCUUGUGAAGAAAGAGCUUGUAAAAAGACUAUUUAUUGUUCACUAUUUUAAUGCUGGUUACGAUAGUGCUAUUUUAUUCAUAGCUUUAAAA